AUGUCCGUGCGCAAGGAUCAUAACUCUGGCAGAAAUCAUAUAAGGAACGUGGUGGAAUACUACCAACAGAUUGGCCAUGAGAAGGCGCAGUCUGUUAUUGACUCUAUCACUUCCUCAUAUGCUGCAGAAGGUCAGACGAACCCAAUGCUCCAACAAGCUGCUGCUGGAUUUCCCCCGCCUCUUCCAGGUUUUCCAGGAAUGCCACCACCUCCGUUUGGUGUUCCUGGAGCGCCUCCACUCGGACCUGGAAUGAUUCCUCCACCCGGCGGACGAGGAGCUCCAUUCCCACCUUUUCCUCAGAACGGCGUUCCACCUCCGAAUCUUCCCUUCCCUCCUCCCGGUGGCUUCCCUCCAAACUUCCAAUUCCCGCCACCUGGUGCUCUAGGCGGCUUUCCACCACCUGGCCAACAGCCUCCUUCAGCUCCAGGCGGACCCAGUCCUGGCCCAGGGUCAGCACCUGGUCACCUUCAAGGUCCAGGAGCCCCUGCUGAUUUCAAACCAAGUGGUCCCCCUGGCAUGAACGAUAAUCGGAGAUGA